GACGUGAGCAGUGGACGGUUCACACCGCCCGCAGAAGAAAGUCUUUUUUUUUUUUUUUAACCGUUGUUCCCCCACGUGGCCACUAUGAAUGAUCUUAGUCUUUGUCUCCAGACUUUUUUAUUUUGUGUUAAUUUAUUUUGGAGAAUCGUUCAAAGUGAGAUUCUUCUGUCUGUUUAUCCUGGUGAUGAUGUCAUCCUGCCGUGCUGCCUGGACUCUGAGGAGGACCUCCUGGAUCAGACCGUGGAGUGGUCCAAACUGGAGGUGAAGCCUGACCCGGCGGACAGACAGGGCCGCGUCCCUUAUGUGUAUCUGUACCGGAACAGGAAGACCGUGACCAAAGUCAUGAUGGAGACGUUCAUGCAGAGAGUGUCUCUGAACCCAGACGGACUCAAACGAGGAGACGUGACGUUAAAGAUCAGGAACGUGACGCUCCAGGAUGAGGGGAAGUACAGCUGCUUCAUUCCUGGGAAGAAGUUCAGGGAGACGGUUCAGCUGCUUGUUGAGCCAAACGGAGUCAGAGCUCCAACCACGGAAACAUCCCAGUUUAACAUCUCCACUCCAGAUCCAGGAGGAGAGCAGAACAACAUCUGGAUCAGUCGUUCCAGACCGGGUCCUUGGAUCUCUUUUGGAGUUUUUACCUCAUUGAUCUUCUCUGCUGUUUGUUUCUUUAUAAUAAGAGAGCGAGCAAAAACGUGAAGGUUCAGCCACAUGGGGGCGCUAAAGACCUGCUACUGUGAAACCUGUAAGAUUAAACCUCAACAAUGAAACUCUCAA